UGCACCCUUUUAAAUUACCCGUUCACAUCCAGCCCUGGGUCAUUGUUGUUGGCAGGCACUCGUUGAGGUCACCUCCCAAGGUUUUGUCCCACCAUUCGUGCGUGUAAUAAAUGCAGCUUGACGCAUAAUUGGAUAUUAUGUAUAGAUCCAUGCAGUGACAAAUCAACUAUACAUGUAUCUAGGCUUGUCUGAGGCCGCCUAUACGUGAGAACAUUGACUGUGGCACAUUGUGGGUACAUAACAUUGACUGUCACUAUCGAGAAACCUCAUGAUGGGGUUGUGUGAAUGUAAACAGCCAGAGCCAGUAUACUUUUCCACCGUGUUUACUGGAAUGCUCAAGGGCUCCGACGAUCCUCUGCAUGUCCCGUUCGACCGAAUCCUGACCCAACACCCUUCCGGAACAUGGGACGCGAGUCAACACGAGUUCAUCUGUCCGAAGGCCGGACCGUACAUGCUCACGUUCGCAGUCCGGCCGGAGCUCGAGCACACGGCAUCGGUCCACCUGAUGCGAGGUGAGGAGAUCGUGGUAAGCAUAUUCGCCGAUCAGAACAACGGCAACGCCGGAACGUCGUCCCAGAGUGCUAUAGUCGACCUGAAGGUGGACGAGAGGGUUUGGAUCCGGCUGGAUUCCGGGUCGAACAUGGGGAUACGUAGCCAUCCUAAGUCUCCCACCACAACCUUCAAUGUGUUCCUGCUAAAUCCAUUUCAGGAAAAAAACACUUAAUAAGGACCAAUUGACAGAUGAGUCCAAACUUUUAAUCUAAAGGAAUUACUUUUAGCUUUCCUAUCCUUUCAUGGCAGGCAAUAAACUUCGCUCACGUAUGCCGCCUCUGAAUUGGGGGCUAGGGCUAUUGAUUAUAGCAAUGACUGGAUGGCAACGUCCUCAUGCGUUGAAGUAUAGGACGUCCUUAGCAACGCACAAGUCGUAGCCGUAGCCGCCAAUUUAACAAUACUGACAUUGUUCCCACUUGACGUCACACAGUGUAAAAGUCGACCAUGUUUUUACUGCAAACCCUUGUUUUAUCAAAUCUCUUUCAUGAUUGGUCGAUAAUUAAUUGUCCUUGGCUGCGUAAAGAAGUUGCGAGCUAUUAAUGAAAGAAAAAACACCCUUGUCGCAUCAUGGUCACACGAAGUUGUGUGCUUUCAGAUAAUUGAUUUCGA